AUGGCCGCUAUCGGUGUCGGUGGUGCUGACGCCGUCGAUGUCAUGGCCAACCUCCCCUGGGAGCUCAAGGCCCCCAAGGUCAUUGGUGUCAAGCUCACUGGUGAGCUUUCUGGUUGGGCUUCUCCCAAGGGUAUGUUUUGCUCAUCCUAUGUUCUUUUUGCAUCGAUGCUAAUUUUCUCUGUAGAUAUCAUCUUGAAGGUCGCAGGUAUCCUCACAGUCAAGGGAGGAACUGGAGCUAUCAUUGAGUACCAGUUAGUGCUAUCGGUUUCACCGACAAAACUUCAGAGAAACUAA